AUGACGGCUCUCUAUGACCAGGAACUCCGAGAUCAUAUGAAUGAAACUUUUGUCUUGGAGGUGGAUUUUCCUGGACCCUUCAUCACCGAGGUGUACACUGAUACCGAGCCUGUUGCCCGAGAAGCCCGCAAAAGAGGACUCCGUGCUGGAGAAAGCCUGACCUUGUCAACAGGGUGGAAUUUCCUGUUGGAGGAGCAUCGGACUGCUGCAAAGAACUUGAUCAGGCGCCUCAAACCCUAUGCUCUUGUUCUAGCCUUUCCUUGUGGGCCAUGGAGUUUGCUGAUGAAUCUCAACAGCCUCACGGACGUUGAGAGUUUGCGCAAAGAGGCCAAAGUUCUGGUGACUUUUGCAGUGGAAUUGUGCAAAUUGCAACUGGCAGCUGGCAGGCAUUUUGUUCUGGAGAAUCCACUGGCCUCUGCAGCUUGGACUUUGCAAGAGGUUUUGGACUUGGUGGAUCGCCCAGAUGUUUUCUCCGUGGUGAUAGACCAGUGCGUUUUUGGACUUAUGAACGCAUCUGGUGAGCUCCAUCGCAAGGCCACGAAGUUGGUCACAUCUUCCCAAGCCUUGGUCAGUCUGAUGCAAGGUCAUCGAUGCGAUGGAUCACAUCACCAUGCCCCCGUCAUUGGUGGCAGCAAAGUGUCUCGCCCAGCUGGCCAUUAUCCGCCUGCCUUGGCAUCAGCUCUGGUUCAAUCGUUUCAGAACCAGUUUGACUUUGAAUCCAAGAACCUCAACUGUGAGCAUGAUGCAUUGGCGGCUGAGCUUCCUGACGCAGAAACGUCAGAUGAUGAAGAGUUGGUGCCUGUCACCGACCAGCCUGAGGUUUUGAAGAUUUCUCCUCAAGUGAAGCAGGCUGUUUUUCGCCUGCAUGAAAACACAGGACAUAGAAGUGGGCGGCGUCUGGCGAGAGCGCUACUUGUUUGUGGAGCUCCUAAAGAAGCAGUUGUUGCAGCCCGCAACCUUAAGUGCUCAAUCUGUUCAGAAAAGAGGGCUCCACGUGCUCGACGACCUGCGACAUUGCCUCAGACCAGUCAGGUCGGUGCCAAAGCCCACAUUGAUUUGCUGAUGUUGGAAGAUGCUUUUAGACAAAACUAUGUGGUGGUGCACAUCACCGACAGUGUCUCUAGGUUUCAAAUGGCCGCCAUCAUCAAGAACAAGUCCUCUCAAAGUGUUAUCCAGUUUCUCACCACGCACUGGAUUCCAUUGAUGGGAUGCCCUGAAGUUUUGGUUGCGGACCAAGGCCGAGAAUUCAUUUCAGGUGAAUUUGACGAAUUCUGUUCCAGUCGAAGCAUCUACCUGUACCACAUUGGAGUACAGGCCCCAUGGCAAAACGGGCUGGCCGAGAGGUCGGGGGCGACUUUGAAAGCCCUUGCUGGAGCAGUCAUACGCUCCCAGACCUGUGCUGGAUAUGAUGACAUGGCCAUGGCAGUUGCGGAAGCCACGGCAGCCUACAAUGCCGACAUCACGGAGGAGGGCAUCUCUCCACUACAGGCGGUUACGGGCCGACAGCAAGCCCCAACCGGAGAUGUUUUGUCCGGCAUCCAUGGACGACUGGCUGAACACGAGAUGAUUGAUGAGUCUCCGCUGGCUGCCAGACAAGUUGCUGCUCGAGAAGUAGCCAGAAUCGCCAUGGUUCGACUUCAUUUCAGCCGUGGACUUCGUCGUGCGGAGUUGGCUAGGGCUCGGUCCUCGACUUUCUCAGACCUUCCCCAGCCGGGUGAUUUGUGCUACUAUUGGCGAGCCAGCAAGUACAACCCGAAGAAGGGCAGGUCAAGUUCCAGUUCCAAGCAUCGGCUUCAGCUCAGACGCUGGCAUGGACCGGCGCUUUUGGUGGCAUUAGAAGGGGAUGCCAAUGCCUUCCUGAGUCAUCGUGGCCAGUUGACCAAGUGCAGUUUGGAGCACAUCCGAAAAGCCUCUCCACUUGAACAGGUAGCUGCCGGAAGUUGGGAGGCUGCCAUCAGGGAGGUUAUAGAAGCAGUUCCAGUCCCUGAAGAUGUGCCAGUACCUGAUGAUCCGUUGGCAGAUGAUGUUGAUGCUGAAGUUCAAGAUUUGUUGGAAAAUGAUGAACCGACACCGGUUCCACCUGUGUCCAGUUUAGAGCAACAAGCCCAAGCAUUGGCGGCGCCAUUGACUCCAGCUGAAGUGGUCGCAGUUUUGCAACCGCCGUCAGCCGCCUUGAGACAGUCAUCAGCAGUGACUUCAUCAUUGCCUCCACCUCCAGCAUCCGUGGGGCAUGGACCAAGCCAAUCCUUGCAGGGUUCUGAGACACCUGCGCCUUUGCCCACUCCUUUGGCAGCUGCACCAAAACCAUUGAUGAGCUCUUCGAUUUCUCGAGCUCGAUCCUUGGACUCAGCCUUAAGUCCGAGAGGAGGAGGAGCUAAACGACCUGCCUCCCGACCUCCAGCGCUUGAAAGUGAACGUGGUAGACCUGGAGCUCCCACGACACCAACCAGUGGUGUCCCACAGUCCUCCAAGGCGUUUGAAGCGAUGGUUUUGUCAUGGGAGCAGCUGUGCAACUUAGCUGAGACGGCGGAGAACAUUCAUCCGCUGAUGAGAUUGCAAGCUCAAGCUGAGAUGGAUAGGAGAGCACCGUUCGACUGCCUUGAAUCGGAUCAUGGUUCAUGGGAUGGACGUUGGAGUUUUCUGUGUGAGCGAGAAUGGGAACUCCAGCGAGAACUUUCUCAACAGUUGCCUUGCGGCGAUGGUGCGCUUGAAGCCAUGACAGUUCAGGCCAGUCGGAAGGAAUACCAAUGGAGCAAGAUGGAUCCUGAAGACCGCAAGCUGUGGUCUGAAGCUGCUACCAAAGGGUGGCAGACUUACCUUGAGAAUGAGGCAGUCCAGGUUCUUGAUAUGAAGCGUUCUGCUGAAGUCCGCCGUGAGUUGGCCCAAAAGGGUGAGCUGGACAAGAUCAUGCGCCCUCGCUUUGUUCUGACGGACAAAGCGGAUGGACUCCGAACUGAAACCAACAACCUGGAGAAGCGACCUUCAGCGCGAUUGGUGGUUCCUGGAUUUCGGGACACUGCAAACCUGGAAGGAAAGCUGCGCCGAGAUGCGCCAACUGGAAGUCGACUUGCGCAACAUCUACUGUUCAUUCUAGCAGCAUGGCAUGUGGAUUGGAAGUUGAUCAGUGGCGAUGUGAAGGCUGCUUUUCUGAAAGGAGAUCCAUACUUGGAUCGCAUCCUCUUCAUCUGUUGCACAGAUGAGCGAACCAGUCCACCGAUCCCUUUGGCUCCAGGACAGCUUGCUACGGUUAGAAAAGGAAUUUUUGGACUAGCCGAUGCUCCUCGGCAGUGGUGGCUUCGCUUGUCACGCUCAGUGCGUGAGCAUGGAUGGACCAGAACCCUCAUUGAUGGAGCAACAUGGUUGUUUUGGGAGCCUGGGUCUGCACCAAUUGACUCAUCCUCCAGUGGCCCCCGAAAGUUGCAUGGCAUUAUGGUGGCGCAUGUUGAUGAUCUCCUAUUUUGCGGUGAUGCUGUGGCGGAAGCCGCUUUUGACGCCAUAGGCAAUGAAUUAGGUUUUGGCAGCAAAGAGUUUGAUGAUUUUGUGUGGUGUGGCAAACGCAUUCGUCGAGCAGAAGACCAAACCAUUCGCCUUUCCAUGGUGGAGUAUCACCGCAACCUCAAGCCCAUCUAUUUGCCUCGAAACCGCAAGGCAGAUCCCUCUUCUGAGCUGACCCCGAGUGAGGCGAAACAGCUUCGGGCCCUGCUAGGCAGCUUCCAAUGGUUAGUUGCUCAGUUGCGUUUCGACAUGGCUUUCGUGACGUCCACUCUUCAAGGUGAGCGUCCGACUAUCUCCACCAUCCUGCGUUCCAACAUGGCUCUCAAGGAGUUUCAGGAGAAUCCAGAGUUUGAGCUCAUUUUCCGGCCAGUGGAUCCUUUGACGUGUGGUGUGAUGGUAGUAGCUGAUGCCGCUCUGGGAAAUGUAUCUAUGCAAGGUACGACGGAGUGUGGUCUCAUGGACAAGGUCUACAGCCAAGCAUGCUACUUUGUCCUAGUUGCUGAUCAGAAGUUGAUGGCAGGCGAGAGUGGAACUUUCAACAUUCUAGACGCCAGAAGUCACCGAAUCAGCAGGGUGUGUCGCUCCAGUUACGCGGCAGAAACACUCUCCACUGAGGAGGCAUUCGACGUUGGUCGUCUCUGCCGAGGCCUGAUAGCAACGGUUCGUGGACAUGACCUAUAUGGUAAACGUGCUGAAGUGGCCAUGGACUCCGUGGACAUGCAAGUUGUGGUCGAUGCGAAAGACGUCCACGACAAGACCAACAGUGAUACCACGUCAUUUGGAGCUCAGAAAUCACUUGCCUUUGUGGUUGCCUGGCUUCGCUCUGAGCUUCGUCGACCCAGGACGCAGCUGAAGUGGACAUCAACUGAGAACAUGUGGGUUGACGCAGGUACCAAAAUCAUGCUCCUGAACCAUAUGAGAAGAAUCAUAGCCCUAGGCCAGUGGUGUGUCUCCUAUUGCCCAAGCUUUGUCAAACAAGUGUACAAGGCGGUGAAGGUUAAGCCCAUGAUCAACGCCGCAAAGGCCCAUGAUGCUGAGCCGUUUGGUGAGGCCCUUUCCAAGGAAGAUGCGAUGGUGGGUCACUUGAUGAAGCUGAGCGAGCAACGUGGAUGGCACCACCGACCCGGAGUUGGAAUCAACGUGGCAACCAAUGCGAAAUCAUUCAGAACGCCUGAGCCGAGGUUUUCAGUGACGCAGUUUCCGCUUCGCACUACGUAUGUGAGAAUCGACCAUCCAUCUGGUCAGUGCGAAUGGCGUAGGCCUAAGCCAUUUGCGCUGCGUGUGGAAAGAUUGCAAUGGCGUGAGCAUCGUUUGAUCGUGCGGUGCAAGGAGUCAAGGAAGCGGCCUGAGUUGGACAAGUUGGACAAGUUGGACGUCAGCAAAUUUCACCCCAAACCUCAGGUCGGUGAUGGCAAAGAUGGGGGCAUCAUGGUCCGAGAAGGAUGUAGUUUGAAGUCUCCAGAGCUGCGGCAGCGCUUGGCGACGGGCUCGCUAGUCCGAGAGCUUGCGGAGAAGGGUGAACGUCUUUGCUAUCAGCUGUUGAGUGGCUCUGGCCCACAAGCAGGCUGGGUCAGCAUCAAGGUAAAGAACACCGAGAUGCUGGCAUCUGUCUCAAAGAAACCAACUCUGGAGGGUGAAGUUCAACUGCUGACAAGACGGCUGGCCAUGCUGCCGUUACCGUUGCACAAGGUGCUUUCUUUCCCAGAACUGUCCUGCAAGCAGAUCACAGAGCAAAUUUACGAGCCCCGUGUGGGCUGCUUGGAUCGCUUAGCCAAAGAGAAUGACAAUGAGUGGAUGAAAGCCGCGAUGUUGAAGAAGCCUCUUGAGCCCUUUGCCUUUCAAGGUUUUUCGCCCAACGACGGUGUGCUGAAAGGGUUGCUGGCCGACGAGCGCCUCACACCUCUGCAGCGUUGCUUUCCUCGCGUGGGACCAAAUGGCACAGAAUAUGUUCCCAGCAUGGAUCCAGUGACAGGGCUGAUGCCAGACACGGUUUCCGCACUGUAUUUUCUGGAAGACGUGAAGGAAACCAAGGAUACCCAGGUGACGUCGUUGCGAGGUAUUGUGAGAUUUGGUGCCCAGGCAACGCAAUCCAUGAGCAGAGGGGAGCCAGAAGAAGAUGGCGAGUUUGCACCGGGUGUUCACGGAGGAGCAGAAGCGAUGGUCCUUGCAGACGCUGCCGUCUAUUUUGCAAGACUUGCCUGGAAUCCCAAUGCCAUGCUCAAGAAGAUUAGCUGCCAGUUCAGCAAACCUUGUCCUUGCUUUCAAUCUUUGGAGAUCUCUGUGAACUUGGGUUUGUCAGAGGAUUUUCAAUAUGGUUCUGGAAUCGUCACUGCCAAAAUCAAUUUGAAAUUGGAGAAAAAUCUGAUUUCUUUCGGGGAGGCGCUUCUGGUCUCCUUUCCGAACAAACCGAUGCGAGUUCCGGCCAAUUUGCCAAAGAUCUCUCUGGCACCACCAGGAGUGGAGUGGGUUCCUCCUGAACUGGCGCAGUCACGGCUUCCAGCAGCUUCAACACUCAAGCCCUACAACAAAGAAGAGUAUAUGGCUGCAGCGUUUCAGUUGCCCUGCAUGCGAUUUCCCAAGAGCUGUGCUGCCGUGGAGGAGUUGGGCCGUCAGGAGCAGGAGCGGCAGAGAGGGCGCCAGAAGCAUGUGCGUGCAAACCGCCCUGUCCGUGGAGGGGAGAUGAGGAAUGAUCUUUGCUUCCCUGGAGGCUUGACGCCUGCUGCCAUUGCCUUUGAAAAGUAUUUUGAGAAAGCCUCAGGGGGCAUCCUAUUUGAUGGAAUUCUCAAGUUGGGCCCACAAGCAUCAGACGCACUUUUUCUGGCAUCGGAUAGGCGAAGUGUCCUCGACGGAAGUAUGUCGAUUGUCGCUCAUAGUGGCAUGGCCCUUGCGGCCCUGGAUGACCAUUUGGCGCAUCUGCCAAGAUGUGAUGGCCGAGAGAAGACUUCCAUCACCUGGAAAUUGGAUUUGGAAUCCCACGCGCUGCUGCCGAUUGGACAGGAGCUGGACUUUGAAUGUUUUUGCCCCUUCGUGCAGACAGGACCAGUCGGAAAUUACGUCACGGGCGAGAUUCGCUACGAAAAUGAGGUUCUCGCGACCCUCUCCGCUGUGAUCACCUCGAGUGACAGGGAAACACCAACCGCCCUGGCCACACCGGCCACAGCGGCCACACCGGCCACGUAG